AUCCUUUCGAACGUCAUAACUUAGCAUCUACGCUUACACCUUCUGAAAAAGCAUUCUACCAUGAUCAAUUAGAACGACUGAAAGCUUGCAAAGGACGUGCUUGUACUGAAGGCUUGGGUGGAACUUUCAAAGAAGAAUCAUCUCACAGACGAACAGGACCUACUGCACUCUUACAUCGUGGUGUCAAACGAAAGUAUUCACACUCAGCUCCUUUGCUCGGUCCAUCGCCACUUCACAAUUUAGGUGAUCCAAAUCAGCCAAUUCCUAAGAAACGAAAGAAAAUUACUAAGCCCUGGAGAAAACGAAAAGCGUGGAGCGAGCAUUCUCAAAGAUCACGUCAACGGCGAAGACAUUUAAGAGUAUUUUAAAAAAUCAUGUGAUUUGUUUAAUUUUAUAUUUAAAGUGCUAAUAAGAGUUGCAUACUAUAACUGCCAUUGACAAUUAUUUGAAUUUUUAAACUUUAUAAAGUUUAUUAACUUUAUUACGUCGAAAAA